AUGGGGGUCUUCCCCCUGCCCCUCCCCCUCCUGCUGCUGGCUGCGGGGACCCAGGCGUCCGGGCUGCAGCUCGAUGGGCACCUCGACCUGGGCAGGUGCCGCUUUGCCCUGGGCAUGGAGGACGGCUCCAUCCCCGACAGCCGCCUCUCGGCCUCCAGCGCCUGGUCUGACUCCACUGCCGCCCGCCACGGCCGGCUGGGUCGCAGCGAUGGGGAUGGUGCCUGGUGUCCCGCGGGUCCCGUCUUCCCAGAGGAAGAGGAGUUCCUGGAGGUGGACCUGGGUCGGCUGCACGUGGUGACACUGGUGGGGACACAGGGACGUCACGCCGGUGGCCAUGGCAGGGAGUUUGCCCGUGCCUACCGGCUGCGCUACAGCCGUGACCGGCACCGCUGGCUGCGCUGGCGCGACCGAUGGGGCGCUGAGGUGAUCGGGGGUAACGAGGACCCCGAGGGGGUGGUGCUGAAGGAUCUGGCACCCCCCCCUGUGGCGCGGGCGCUGCGGGUCUACCCCCGGGCCCCCCGUGCCAUGAGUGUCUGCCUGCGCCUGGAGCUUUACGGCUGUCCAUGGGAGGCCGGGCUCCUGUCCUACACGGCACCACGGGGACAGGUGAUGGCCCUCGACCCGGCGCCUGUUGUCCUCAACGACUCCACCUACGACGGAUACAGCGUUGGCCCGCUGCAGUUUGGGGGGCUGGGCCAGUUGGCGGAUGGGGUGCUGGGACUGGAUGACUUUGUGCGGAGCCGUGAGCGACGUCUUUGGCCGGGCUACGACUACGUGGGAUGGCGUCGGCCCCCCGGCCCCCGACCCCACGUGGAGCUGGAGUUCGAGUUCGAGGGGCUCCGGACCUUCCACGCCAUGCAGGUUCAUUGCAACAACAUGCACACGCGGGGGGUGAGCAUCUUCGGGGAGGUGGAGUGCCGCUUCAAGAGGAGCCUGGCCACGGCCUGGGAGCCCACCCCGGCCACCCACAGCCUGGCUGGGGCUGUCAAGGACCCCAGCGCCCGUUCAGUCACAGUGUCCUUGGGUGGGCGCCAGGCCCGCUUCAUCCAGUGUCACUUCUUCUUCACCGGGGAGUGGAUGCUCUUCAGUGAGAUCACCUUCGUCUCGGACGCGGUGGAGGAGGCAGUGGGGGCCAGUGGGUGGCCCCCAGCUGCCCCCGCCGACCCCUCGGCAGGGGUCAUGGCUGUCCCUGAGGAUUCCUGGCAUGGAGACAUGGCUACCAACCUCACUACCUUGGCCCCCGGGGAACCCAAGCCAGGGCAGCCAGUUGCCAAAGCUGACCACAGCCACACGUCCAUCCUGAUUGGCUGCCUAGUGGCCAUCAUCUUGCUCCUAUUGGGCGUCAUCUUCCUCAUCCUCUGGCGGCAGUACUGGAAGAAAAUACUGGGGAAGGCCCAGCGCCGGCCCUCAGAGGACGAGCUGCGGGUGCAGCUCUCGGUGCCAGGUGACACCAUCGUCAUCAACAAUGCAACCGGGGUGGCACGGGGACCCCCCCGCUAUGAGCGCAUCCCCCCGGGCCAAGGCGAGUACCAGGAGCCGACACGGCCACGGCCAUCGCUGCCUCCGGCCCCCCCUGGACCCGCAGCACCCCUUGCCAACCCGGCCUAUCGGCUCCUGCUGGCCACCUAUGCCCAGCCAAUGGGAGGCCCCGCCCUCCCCGCCUUCCCUCGCCGGCGCCUCCGCUUCCGCGAGAAGCUGGGGGAGGGGCAGUUUGGAGAGGGGACCUUCACGCCAGCCAGUGAUGCCUGGGCUUUUGGGGUGACGCUGUGGGAGGUGCUGACACGGUGCCGCGAGCAGCCCUACGGGCGCCUGAGCGAUGAGCAGGUCAUCGCCAACGCCGGGCACCACUUCCGUGCCCAGGGCCGCCAGGAGUACCUGCCGUGCCCCCCGGGCUGCCCGGCAGCGCUGCACGGGGUGAUGCUGCGCUGCUGGUCCCGCGACGCCGCCGACCGCCCGUCCUUCGGCCUCCUGCACCGGCUGCUGCGCGACCACACUGUCCUCGCCUGA